AUGAUUGCUUUUAUUGGAAAUCCAAAUUCAAUUCAAAUAUCAAUGAUUCGUAGCUUUGGCGGAGGAAUUGUAUUAUUAAUUGUUGGAGUAACAACAAGUGUAACUUCACCAAGUGGAUUUCUUGCAUUAUUAUAUGUUGCACUUGGAUUGCUCAUAUUUGGCAUUCUGGUUUCAUCGUUUGGACGUUGCAUUAUUAGUGCACUACGUACAGCUCGAUUGCAACAAGCAGUUGCUAAUGAAUCGAGGAAAUAUUCCACAAGAUCACCACCAUGUAGCUGGCGAUUACAUGUUUAUACUACAGGCAGUUAUUCACGUUAUCAAAGACCUAAAACCAGCUAUCAUCUAAUUAUUGAACUUGCAAAUCCUGGUGCACCAGAAAAUGGAUUUGCACAAUAUCAAUUCAAUCAAUUUGCUCCCCAACCAAUGUCAGUUUUUCCUCAAGAUAAUUACGAAAAUCCUCCUCCAUAUUACAAUCAAUAUACUGCAGGUUUUUGUUCUUGUUGUGGAGCUGCACGACCAAGUACAAACACAAAAUUUUGUUUAACUUGUGGUCAGCCGUUCAGCAAUUGA